UUGUAAGCUGAUUACAGUUAAAAUGGCCGGAGACGUACAGGAUGAAAUACCCGAGUCAGGGGCUGCCUUCACUUUUGGCAAGAGUAAAUUUGCAGACAACAUUCCCAGCAAGUUUUGGUUAAAAAAUGAUGUUCCAUGGAAGGUAGCAUGUGGAGACGAACACACUGCACUCAUAACAGAGAAUGGAAAGUUAUUUGUGUUUGGUAGUAAUAACUGGGGGCAGCUAGGACUGGGAGAAAAGGCCAGUGUGAACAGACCUACUUGUGUGAAAGCCUUAAAAUCUGAAAAGGUGAGGCUAGUUGCUUGUGGAAGAACACAUACACUUGUCUACACAUCACAAGGUAAUUUGUAUGCAACAGGUGGGAAUAAUGAAGGCCAGCUUGGCCUUGGAGAUUUUAAGGACAGAACGUCAUUCCAACUGGUCGACUUCUUCAGCAAACGCAGACCAAUCAAAAUGCUUGCUGCUGGAUCUAACACAUCUGCUGCUCUUACAUAUAAGGGGAAACUUUAUGUGUGGGGCGAUAACUCGGAAGGGCAGAUAGGUCUGGGGAAGGAGGAGAACACUUGGACUCCGCAAGAAAUCUCUGUGGGGAGACGAGUGGCCUGGAUUUCUUGUGGCUACUACCACUCUGCCUUUGUAACAGAGGAUGGAGCUUUAUUCACAUUCGGAGAGAGGGACAGUGGAAAGCUGGGACUGUCUCAAGCACAACUGCCCAAUCACAAAGUGCCUCAGCAAGUACAAAACAUUUCUAAACACGUGCUGCAGGUGGCAUGUGGUGGAGGGCACACUGUCGCACUCACAGAGGAUUGUCUUUAUUCAUUUGGCCUGGGUCAAUUUGGCCAGCUGGGUCAUGGCACCUUCACCUUCGAGUCCGAUUUGCCCAAAGUAGUGGAACACUUCCGUAAGAGCAGAGUAAAACACAUAGCAUGUGGAGAGAAUCACACUGCCGUUCUCACAGAGAGUGGUCUCCUGUACACCUUUGGUGAUGGUCGUCAUGGAAAGCUGGCUCUAGGAGACGAGAACUUUGUCAACCACUUCAAGCCAACAUUUUGUCCACGAUUCCUCCGAUAUAAUGUGUACUAUGUUUCAUGUGGUGGAUGUCACAUGUUGGUGUUAGCCAAGCCUAGACUCAAAGACUCAGAUGAUGUGAUUCUAGAGGAUGAUGAUGCCACUGAAGUCUAUCUGGAGAGGUCCUACACAGAGUUGCUCAGGGUGGCAGAUACUAAGCCAAAUCUAAAUAGAAGCCUCUCGGCACGGGACAGACGUAGAGAAAGGGAGCAUUCUCCUGAGCAGUUUGGGAUGAUGUUCCGGACUCUUCCAUCUCUUAGUUCGGGUUACAAUGGUGCCUCUCAACCUGUGUCUAGUAAGACUUUGCCUUUGCGAUUGGCCCCCACAGAAAUGCACAGUAAAAGAGCAACAAACAGCCUUCAGAGAAAUCAUCUUCCCGACAGCACUGUGAUGGAAGUACCUGAAAUAGACUGGAAAUGUUCUGCAGUCCAAGACUAUGAAGACAAUGAAAGUGUGAAGGAUUUGGGAAAAACCACAGAUUUAUUAAAUUUAACCCAUGUAAUGAAGCUUGAUGCUGGUGAGAAGACUCUUGCAUUGUCUCCAGUUCAGAAGAAGAAAGUUAAGGCUGGAAAAAAGCGUGGUAAAGAUGUGGCAUAUCCUGUACAAGACCCUGCUUUUUCGAAUGGGUGGGCUGAACUUAUGUCUAGAAAGCCAAUGCCCAGUGAGUUAAUGAGAAGUCAAAGCGCCAAAUUACAGUUUGGAAAACCUUCACAUGCUGGGAUUCCCUAUAAAAUUUCAGGCAGUAAUAAAGAGAUUUCUGUAAAGGAAAGAAGUCGUGCAAAUCACAAAGCAUGGAGUAGUACACAUAAAACAGUGACCCAGCCACAGAGCCUGACUGUGUCAAAGCACAGCAGAAGUGAGGCUAAGACUGGCCUAGCCACAAAUGCACCUGGACAAAGCCGAUUAAUAGAUGUUGUAGGUAGAACUCAAGAAGACAAUAAACAGCAUAGAGAAAAGACACAGUCAAGUCAAGUAAACAAGGUAGAAGUUCGAACACAUUCAAUUAAAGUGAGCAGGUCUGAGCCAGACACUGAAGUGCAUAUUUCAAAAGUAAAAGCUAAGUUUUUAGUCUUAGAGGAUUUAGGAAAAGGCAGAUCCAAAUCACACCAGAGGUCAGAGACCGAAAUGCCCCAGCAACAAACAAGUAAGAAGAAAGGAAACAGGAAAAAUAUUAAGUCUAAAGAAAAUCAUCUUCAACAGCCUAUAGAUAAUUUUUUUUCAGAUAAAAAUGUAUUGGUGCAAUACAUACCUGGCGAGGCUAAAAGCGUAGUGGCAAGAGUAAGAAGUAAACCAAUAGUUGUCCAAAACAAAUUACCAGAUGAUACACUUGAAUUAGAUGAAAAGUCACUUUCCAAAGCAGAUAUAAGGGCAGAUAAUACUUCCAUUAGUGUAAAACAGAACAAUCAGUUCCCAGCAGCAACCAAAAAAACCACUUCUGCUAAAUCUAUGCACAGCAUAAGAGCACAAAAGACAACUAAGGGAUUUCUCAAGGAUUCAAUAGACUGUAUGAGAUCAAAUUCAGAUGUACAAAACACACAGCCAAUGUCUUUGAAGAUGGUAACCUCAGUAAUCGAGGAUCCUGGAAUGGUUAGUCCUGUGCAUCUACUAAAGAAGCCCACCAAACAGUUCUUGUCUCAAGUAGCAGCUAGCAACUCCUCCCAAACUAGUUCACCUAGGCAGAGUUUUGAUGAACAGACUCUUUCAGAUAUAAGCGUUAUAAGCGAGGCUCCAAAGGAUCCAGAGAAUGCAAGCAAAAAAACAGCAGUUACUAUUGAUGUAUUGCCUGGAGCUGGACUUUCAGAUGAGGAAUCGGAUAAAAGCUUCUUCCAUUAUCGAUCUAAGGCUAAAAACAAAGACAUUGCAGACAAUGUAGAAAUGGUCCAGCAGGAUAAGAAUAAGGAGGUUUCUGAACAGGAGGAAGAGGAUGACGAAAGUAGAGGAAUGACAGAAAGUGAGGGACUGGUAAAAGCAAAGCAGACAAGCAGUAGUGUGGAAUCCAGUGAAGAAAGUAAGGCCCUUGUGAAGGUGUCUAAUAAUAACCAUGAUAAACAAGAUGAUUUGACUGGAGAGUCAAGUGAAGAGGACUGUAAUGAGCAGAAAAAAACUGAGACACAACAAAGUGAGCAGAGUGAGGCAAAAGGUGAAAAGGAGAGUAGUAAUAUAGUGGAUGAUGGAGUGAAAGGAAAAAUAAGUGAGAUUAGAAGAAAAGAUAAAUCAACUUCAGAUUAUAAUGAAAUUAAAAGAAUAGGCAAUAUAAAAAAAAAAGGGAGCAGCAAAGAGUCAAGUCAGAAGACAGAGACCCAGAGUGGGAAAUCAGAAACAGAGUCUGAAGUUGAGGGAAGCACAGAUGAGAAAAUUGACAGUGAAGAAGAGGUAGAAGGUCUUAAAUCUCAAAGUGAUAGUGAGGAUGAGCAGGCCAGCACAAAGGAGAGUGCAACCAAAGAAGCAGGGGUCAAAAAUACAUCUGAAGAGGAGGAGUCAGAGAGUAAAUUAGCAGAAGAGGAAGAGGGGGAAGAAUGGGAGAGCGGAAAUGAAAGUCAAGAUGAAGAACGUAGUGGUGAUGCAGCAGAAGAUGACAGUGAAAAAGAAGGAGAGGAGAGUGAGGCAGAUCAGGAGAGUGAUGCAGAAGAGGCAGAGAGCAAGGCAAAAGAAAAGGAAAGUGGGACAGAUGAGGAGGAAAGUGGAGAAGAGGAGAGUGAGGCAGAAGAAAGUGAGACAGAUAAGGAGGAGAGUGAGGCUGAAGAAGAGCAUGAGACAGAUGAUGAGGAGAGUGAAGGAGAAGAGGAAGAGUGUAGCAAAGCAGAGGAAGAGAGUGAUGCGGAAAAAGAAAGUGAGAAUGAGGCAGAAGUGGAGGAAAGUGAGAAGGAAGAGGAGGAGUGUGAGGAAGAAAAUGAAGAGAAUGUGAUGGAGGAAUGUGAUGAAGAAGAUGAGUAUUGUAAUGAAGAGGUAAAGGAAGAAGAGAAUGAUACUGAAGAUGAAAAUGAGCAUGAACAAGAGGAAGAGGAUGGUGAAGAGAAUGAAGAAGAUGAAGGUAAAGAAAGUGAAGAAGCAAAUGAAGAGGAGGAGGAGGAAGAAGAAAAAAAAACUACAAAAAAACUAAAAGGAAAGGACAAGGCACCUAUGACUUCUAAAUCAAAGCAAAUGGAUACAAAGGCUAAACAGGCAAGCAAGCCAAAAAAAGCUAGAAAAGGACACUUAAACUCUGAUUUCCAGGAGCCUCUGCAGUUCUGGGACAAUGUGCUUCCUCACUACCUCAACUUAAAAUAGAUCAGCACACAAAGAUCACACCAGAUAUUUUGUGAAACCUAUUUGGUGAAAUUUGAAAGUGACUUAACUUGACACUCAGUAAAAAGAACAAAAGUUAAAUUCAGGUUGCAUGCACAUGAUGCAUGCCAAAAACAUGUGUAAGGUAAAUCGACUGCUUUAAAGGAGUGAGUAAAUGUGGACAUGUGUGUUGCCCUGCAAUAGACUGAUGCCCUGUCCAGGUUGCAGGUCUUCCUUGCACCCAUUGUUUCCAGAUGGGUGACCAGUUCCAUAAAACUGACCAGACUGCAACUUAGGCUGUGUUUAUUUCUCAAUAGGCAGUCUAAGAGUUUUGCUAUUUUUUAGCAACAGAAGGUUACCAGAUCAGAGAAUUUACACUUCAUGCAAUUCAUUUUUCCCAAAAAUAGAGACUAAUGCUACAACUAUAAUACCCAAGCAACACAAAUUUAAUUAGCAUUAAUAUAUUUAACUAUUGUUAUCAGUUUUACUCUGUCCCACUGUUUUCUUUAUCUUCCUAAUGUCCCCAUACUCUUGACCAUAUGAUGUACAUUAAACAAUGGAUAAAAAAACAAAGCUU